AUGGAAUCUCUCCCCGAUGCGAUUGUUCAAUACAUCUUCUCACACAUGAACAAUGCCAGGGAUGUUGCCAUUUGUAAUUGCGUGUCGAAGCGAUGGAAGGAUUCUCUGCCUUAUAUCAAAAGCCUCUACUUCCCCAGGAACUCCUUUGAUAACCACACUGGCAUGGACCAUCCUGAUACUAUUGUAUGGAAGAUGAUAUCGUCGAUUGUUAAAUUAGAAAAGCUUGUUGUAUACAGCCCAUUUUCGAGCACAGGCCUUGCCUCGUGGCUACUGCUUGUGAGCUCAUCGCUCAAACAUCUUGAGCUUAGAAUGGACAAUCUUGCUGAAUACCAGAGCUGUAUCGAGAGCCCUUCGAAGCUGGAUUGUAUUAGUGCUGCAAAGAAUUUGGAGACUUUAAAGCUUUGGGGUGUCCUAAUGGUAAACUCUCCCAAGUGGGAUGCCUUUCCAAAACUUCAAAGCCUUGAAAUUGUCGGUGCUAGAUUGGAAGAUCCUGCGUUAACUGCUGCCCUCCAGGCAUGUCCUAAUUUGAGAAACUUGUUGCUACUUGGGUGUGAAGGGGUUAGAUCAGUUUCGAUCGAGUUGCCGAAUUUGGAGCAAUGUAAGCUGGAUUUUUAUGGUGUGGGUAAUUAUUCACUUAUCUUAACCUCUCCUAAAAUUGAAUUCCUCGAGGUUCAAGGUUGUAGUUGGAUAAGUGUUCCUGAGACCACUCGCUUGAGGAAUCUUUCAAUUUCAAACAACGCUGGGAGAGUUUACAUGGUAGAUUUUGGGAAACUGGCAGCUCUGGAGUUCCUGUCUAUUAGGGGAGUCCAGUGGUGUUGGAAUGCAAUAAGUAAAAUGCUUCAGUUGUCAAGUGAGGUGAAGCAUCUAUACAUGAAGGUUGAAUUUACCGGCGACUUUGAUAACCUCCAACCCUUUCCAGAAAUUGAUUUGGUUGAUUUUUUUAAUAGCCAUCCCAAGCUGCAAAAAUUCGAUAUCCAUGGAGCCAUGUUUGCUGCUCUGUGUCAAAAGAACAGCCUGAAAAAUGUGCAGACUGGGUUUGUGAUUCCUAGUUUGGAGGAAGUGGUGAUAACAGUCAGAUCACCACUAAAUGCCGAGCAGAAGAUAAGCACCCUCGAGUCGCUCUUGAAGUAUGGGAAGGUUAUAAAGUCAGUGGCAAUUAGGAUUCUUCAGAUGAGGAGCAGCCAUAGCAGUGCAGACGAUUUCUUCGACGAGAUUUGCAGGUUUCAACGCAUGAAUCACAGAAUUGUUCGAAUAGAAUAA